AUGGAUGAUAUUGUGGUGGAAGAUGAUCAAUAUAACGUUCAAUUUGUUGUUGAAUAUGUAACAGUUUCAGUUGAAAAAGGUAAACGUCUUGGUUUAGUUAUUCGUGGUGGUUCGGAAUAUGGUCUUGGAAUAUUUAUAUCAGGUGUUGAUAAAGGUUCUCUUAGUGAUCAAUCUGGUCUUUCUAUUGGUGAUCAAAUAUUAUCUGUUAAUGGAAUUGAUUUUCGUCAUAUAACACAUGUUGAUGCUGUUCAAUUAUUAAGAAAUAUUGAUAAAAUGUCAUUUCAUUUAAGACAAAUAAAUAAAUUACCAAAACCAAAAAAUGAUAUUAAAAAUUUAAAUUUAAAAUCAAUUAAAACAAGUCCUCGAUUAUAUCCAAGAAUAAUUAAUAAAACAAAAUCUCAAUUUGAUUUACCAUCAACAUAUGAAAAUAAUAUAAUUAAUUCAAAAAUUAAUUUUUUUCAAUUAAUUAUUGAUAAAGAUGAUCAAAUUAAAAUAAAAUAUCUUAUUAAUCAAUAUCAACUAGAUCAAAUUCAUAUUGAUCAAUUAAUUAAAACUUUAUUAAACAUUUUAAAUAAACAAUAUCAACAAUAUAGAAAUGAAAUAAUUGAAACAAUGCGAAAAAUUAUUCGUCCAAAUGAUCUUGAUCGUUUUGAUAUAAAUAUAAUAAAAGAUGAUUUAAGUACAUUAAAGUUAUCUCAUGAACGUUUGCUUCAAACUUCUUUAACACCAUCACGAAUCUCAUUUCAUUCACCAACUGUUAAUAUGUCAAAAUCAGUUGAAAAUUUAUCAAUUGAAAAUGAUCAACGUUUAAUGCGUCCAAAAUCUUUAUUAUUAGAUGAACAAAUAAAAAAAUCAUUUGAUGAAUAUUCACCAAAAAUUCAAAGAAAAUAUUCAACUGAAAAUAAAAAUUUUUCAAUGAAUUCAUUAAGAAAAAGGAAAUGCCUUCAUCAUGUUGAUAAAAACGAAAAAUAUUUUACAUUAAAUCC